GGGAAGAACCUGUCAAGUGGAAUGUAGCAAGAAUUGCUUACGAUUCAACCGGCAAACCUCCGGUCAUUUCAAGCAUAUACAACUGGCUAUGGGAGAGUUUGACUGGUGUGGUGAAAACGGAGCAUGUUUGGCUGGUUGUAUUGCUGGGAAACAUGGAAGAACGUGUAAUACAGACUGUCCGAAAAAGAAUAUAUGUCUAGCGUGUUCUCAGGAUACAGGUCAUUGUUUAAAAUGCACAAACGGCCUGUAUGGUAGUCACAACCAUUGUGAUAAAAGAUGCGGCCAUUGUAAGCCAGAUAAUCAAGGCGUGUUGAAAUGUGACAUAGACACCGGGGCAUGUCAAAAUGGAUGCCUUAAUGGUUAUUACGACACCAGUUGUGACAAAAAAUGCGGACAUUGUUUACAAAACGAAACAAGUGUGGUGAAAUGUGAUAUGCAAACGGGGUAUUGUGAAAACGGCUGUGUUGACGGUUACUUUGGCCGUCUUUGUGACAAGAAAUGUGGACAUUGCCUACCUGACCAUAAUAACACAAUAAAAUGCAGUAUAGAAACUGGUGAUUGUAACAAUUCUUGCACUGAUGGUUAUCAUGGACAAACUUGCGACCAGAAAUGUAAAAGUGGCUGUUUUGAUUCUAGCAGAAAUAAAAAUCGCUGCGAUAAAAUAUCUGGAAACUGUAGCUAUGGUUGUGUAUCAGGUUUGUAUGGUGACACGUGCGAAGAAACUUGCAGCAACACGUGCAGAAAUAGUACUUGCAGUCAGCAUUCUGGACACUGUGACAAUGGAUGUGUUACUGGUUGGUACGGUUACACGUGUAAGAACGCAUGCAGUUACACCUGUGCAAAUACGUCAUGUGAUUACCAGACGGGGAACUGUGACGAUGAAUGUUUGCCUGGCUGGUAUGGUGACAAGUGUACACUGAUUUGCAGCACCAAGUGUUCCAAUAGGUCUUGCGAUCGAAGUUCGGGACAUUGUAGCGAUGGAUGUAUUCCUGGUUACUAUGGCGACACAUGCGAAUUCAACUGCGCCAAAUUUUGUAUGGAAAGCGUUUGUGACAUUGAGUCAGGAAAGUGUUCGUGGGGAUGUGCAGCAGGGUUUGAAGGGGACUUCUGCAAUAAAACAAUAGAGCCUGAAAGAAGUCAGAUGAGCUAUAACUGCGUCGAUGUGACGACGACGACAACAACAACCAAAAUACAGUCUGAUUUUUUUGUAGUCGGGUUUACAGGCUGUUUGAUUGGAAUAGCAAUAUCAUUUAUACUUAUUCUUGUGGUCUGGCUGAUUAGAAGAAUAGUCCAGAGAAGCAAGCGUUAUGGAAACCUUGACAUGUCUACCAGAGAGGAAAACGCAGCGCCAAUUUAUGCAGAGAUUUCGGAAAUAAUUGAAAGAACAGAGGAGCGCCGUACUAGCAGCAGUCAUUUAUACAUGGAAGUUGGUGCACCUCCUGUUGUGCGUUCUACACAGGAUUCUGGAAAUAACAGAAACAUAAUUGGACAUUACGAUGUUGGUGGAAAAAGAACAUGUAUAACGCCCGGGGACAGAAAUCUUGCGUUAUCCAGUUAUAAUUGUAGAAAUGAUGGUAAUGAUAUCGACCUUACUCAUAUAAAAACUAAAGUUGUUGACGAAAUUCCAGUUCCAAGCUCAAAUGGAUUUAAUAAAACAGAUUUUACUCGAGCGAAUUCAGACCAAUCAAGAAAAUAUUACGAAAUUCCUGACUUACCAUUCACUAAAGUGUUUGGUUCUAAAACCGAUGAGAAGCGGAUCAGAAAUAGCUAUGAAGUUCCAAUAUCUGGUGCAAACAUUACUCAGAAUGGUGAAGGUCCAAAACACGAUGCAAAUCAAUAUAAAAUAUAUUGCAAAGCUGCCUCAGAUACAGCCAUAGCAUCCACUAUAGUGUUUGCUGCUAAAGCUGAUGGGAAACAGAUCAGGCAUAGCUAUGAAGUUCCAAUAUCUGGUACAAACAUUACUGAGAAUGACAUUUCCAAAGACGGUGCAAACCAAUAUAAAAUAUAUUGCAAAGCUGCCUCCGAUACAGACAUAAUAUCCACUAAAGUGUUUGGUUUUAAAGCCUACGGGAAACAAAUCAGGCAUAGCUAUGAAAUUCCAGUAUCUAUAACGAACGCAAGUUAUCAGAAUAGUGAAUUUCAAGCUUUUAAUUUGAAAGCAAGCAAUUCUGAUAGAAGAUACAAAACUGACAUAACAGAGGCAGAAACGAUAUUAGACAAAGACGACAGCAAUAUAAAUACAUUUGACAAGAUAGAAAACUCCAAAAGUAACGUGUUGAGAGCUAUUUAUAUCAACGAACAACUAGACGUCAAUACUAUGAUAAUAUUGGAGAAAACAGAAGAUAUCACAAUCGAUAAACAUUCAAAUGAAAAUGUUACACCUGUAGAAGGGAAUAAAGAACUAAUGCUUACAUUGAAGAACAGAGAAGAGUCUGUACUAAAUACAGAUCAUUCCAAUUUUGAUAUCGACACGGAGUUGCAAACAUCGCUGAUGGAGGAGAACAAAGUGGAAAGUGACAACGAGAGUGUGAACUAUUUACAUCCAGUCAGCUAAUAAACUAUUCUAUAAUACGGGAAAACACUUAUUUUAGCAAAUAGUGUAGGGCUACACUUAACAAAUCUUCUAACACAACACUUGAUGCUUUUUUUAUAAAUUGUAUUCCUAUUUCUAUACUAAAUCUAUAUAUCAUUUUCUUCAAGCAUAUAUUUAAGAAACAAUUUAUAGCAAAAGAGUGUUUUAACACUAUUUAUGCACGAUGGGCGGUUAUACGAGUGUAUAAAUAGUGUUAAAACACGGUUUUGUUAUAAAUAAUUUCGAUUCUAAUAUGCCUUUAAUCUAAAACAGUAGAUAAAAUAUAGAAGCGCUCUUUCUUUGUCGCAAGAAAAACUUUUACGUCACCGCACGUAAAUGUGACGUCAUUCUAGCGUAAGCGUGUUUUAAAGACAAGCAUAUUAGAAUUACACUUAAAAGUACUUUACAGAAUACAAUCCAAACAUACAAACGAUAAAAUAAAUAAAUUUAAGAGAUUUUUUAUGUAGAUAUUGAUCAGACUGACAAAGUGUCGGCAUAACUUAUCUAUUCUCGGGUUCAACAAAAUCUGUAUCAUUUGGAAGAACAGGACGCAAAGCAACCAAAGCAAAUAAUGAAAUUUGAAUUUUAGCGAUAGUCUAUUUCUAAUAAAAAGACAAGUUUGAUUUCUAAAAGACUGUA